UCUCCAUUCCCUGUACAGAAUGGCCUGACAGCUAUGGAGAUUGCUGAGGUCAAGGCUGAGGGAGGAAAGGAAUGGAGGCCUUAUGACGAAUACAGGGGAGAGAGACCUCAAUAUAACUAUGAGGGAGUGAUUAGUCUUCUGAGGGAACAUUGCAAGAAGAACCAACUGCCGCAACCAGUCAUCAUGAGUCCUCAGACUGUGGCCAUGACAGUGCUCCUCCCACUCAACAGGACAGCUCUACUGUCGAUCAGGACACUCCUCCCACUCAACAGGACAUCAUAGAUACCACCCAGAUCACCUCUCAUCAGAGAAGAGGAAGAAACAUAUCUCAGGCUCUGAGGAACCUGGUGAACAGGUCAGGACAGAUAGCAGUCCAGAUCUUCAAUGACCUGGACAGACGUCUCAAGUCAGCUGACAAGAAAGACCAGCCAGGGCUCAGAGCAGAGGGUAGGGGUCAGGGAAGAGAGGGGAAACAGAAAAUGGACAUUAGAAAGAGUCGUUCUGGAAACCAGACA